AUGUCAAAGGAGAAUCAGAGAGGGACAUUCCUGGGGGCGAUCUCUCCUUGGAAUGUCUCGAGGAGUACGACCCCUCAACCCGUCGGUGGCUGCAAUGACACACCAGACAUCUUGCAACGCUCUCAAGGCCAAGACCAUACAGUCACUCACAGACAUCGCCUUAAUCCACAGCGUUAUCCCAAAGACUGCCCUUCGUUGCGGGUAAGGUGGUUCUAUGCUGUGGACUCCCCAAAAUGGAAACCGGCGCUCACAGAGCAAAAGAGGGAUACCUCAAAACCUCUUCCGCCCCCCAAGAAAUUCGUCCCGUUUUCAGUCAAGGAUUCCCAGGCCAUUGAAAUUGCAUUUCAAAAUAUAGCUGAUGUCGAGGGUGGAGAGGGUGUAAAUCGACCUGACGAGGCCACUGACACGGCCCAGGAUAUCACAAAGGUACCUGUCAAUGAGGACUAUCUUUUCGAUGUGGAUGUAGAGCGAAGGGAGCUCAGUCCGGCAUAUUGGAUAGGCCCCAUAUACGAAGUUCGUCGUGGAACAUGGUUUAUCCAGGACGGCUCCACGAUCAAGCCAUGUGAAGAGAACCUCGCCACUCAACUUGAGGAGGGCUAUCUUAAAAUUAAACCGUGGCAGCCUAGCACUUUGCGCGAUCGUGCUGAAAAUGCUGGGCAUAUGACCCACGUACCCGCAAAUGGACUCCACACUUAUCGUUUAUUUGGCGCCUACAUGAAUAGCUUAGUGACAUAUCAGGAUUCCUCGUCAGCAUUACUGACAAAUGAUGACUUCAUGUCCCGUGUGAGCACCACGGUAUACCAGAAGCUGGGUGGGGUACCAGGUACACGAUUAGUGCGCGGCUUCUCUGAGACAAAAAGACAGAAGGAAGCGCCUGAUUCGAGAAACCCCAAUCGAAAAUCAAACCAGGGCUCGGCCUCUACUUCUGAAGCACGCCGUUCAGAUAAUCAGGAUCACUGUGGACUAGAAGGCAUGAAGUCUGAAGUAACGGACUCCCAUUUUGAGAACAGCACCACCCCUGGGAUAAACAAGAGAUCAACUCUCGAACGGCAGAUGUCAUCUCUUGCUAGCGAACCGCAGAAUGCGGCUGAGAUCGAAGAACAAGCUCGUAGACAAGAAGAGAAGGAAAUGGAGGAUUCGAGACAGGCUGAUGGUAAUGAUAGAGACCGAGAAAUUGAUCAUCUAGUUCUUGUUACUCACGGGAUUGGGCAGCGACUUGGGCUACGGCUAGAGAGUAUCAACUUUAUCCAUGAUGUGAAUGUCCUACGGAAGACCAUGAAAAAUGUGUACAAAGUGUCUCCUGAUCUCCAGGCCCUCAACUCCGCCUUUGGGGAUAAGCACGAGAAUUGUCGUGUUCAAGUACUCCCAGUAUGCUGGAGGCACCUCCUUGAUUUUCCCUACCGAGGGGUGAGCCAAAAUCGCAAAGAGCUUGAUCUUGCAGACGCAGACGUUUUCGAAGAUGACCCCUACCCCGGCUUGGCUGAUAUUACACUCGAUAGCGUACCCGCGGUUCGAAAUUUAAUAUCUGAUUUGGCAAUGGAUGUGCUUUUAUACCAGAGUGCAUACUGCGAGCACAUAUCGACCAUAGUUAAGCAGGAAUGCAACCGGAUUCUCAAAAUAUUCAAAAGGAGGAACCCCUCUUUUAGGGGAUCAGUGAGUCUCUGUGGGCAUUCACUCGGGAGUGCCAUUCUCUUUGAUAUCCUGUGCCGUGAAAAAUCCACAGCUGGCUCGCAGGGAUCAUCUGCUCCUGUGGGACAGCAAGGUAAUCCGCCAGCAUCCUGGCAAGACGGGCAACUAGAGUUCGAGUGCAAGGAACUGUUUUGCUUGGGCUCUCCAAUCGCACUUUUUCAGAUGCUGAAGGGAAAAACUAUUGCUGGUCGAUCCAUGUCGGGAAGUAAAGCAACUAAAAACACUUUCUAUGUGGAUGGAAAAGACACAACUGUCAAACCAUCACCUAGUCAGGCUAACACAGGAAUGGGGCCCGAUGAUAAGCAUUUCCAUGUUUCUUCUCCGAAAUGCGAGCAGCUUUACAAUAUAUUCCAUCCUUCUGAUCCCAUCAGCUAUCGCAUAGAGCCACUUAUAUCACCAGCAAUGUCGUCGCUCCGGCCACAGCCUUUGCCGUCAGUAAAGAAGAGCCUUUGGGCAGCCUCUGGACAAAGCCUUUCAAUAAUUGGAAGCCGUGUAGGCCAAAGUGUGGGGUCUCUGUGGACCAAUUUCACGACAGGCGUCGCGAGUAGCUUGCUUAAUCGCAGUCUUGGCCUUGGCGCUGAGGAUAUUCCUCAACCAAACUCUGCCAUCCAAUCGCCGCCAUCGUUCAACACAGAUGCUGAUCUCGCAGAUAGACUUGAUCGGCAUCCUACUCUUAUAGACUCGGACUUGGAGACGCUUUACGAGGGCUUCCAAAAAAUCAAGGAUGCACCUGGAAAGAAUGCACCAGCUCCUGCAAGCGAUGACGCUACUGAGCAUCAGGGGAACGAAAUUCGUAUGAAGAGAUUAAGGACCGAGGAUGCAAAAGUGAGGUCCCUGAAUUCGAAUGGGCGAGUUGACUAUAGCAUACAAGAAGGUGCUUUUGAUAUAUCUAUGAUUGCCAGCAUCGCCAGCCAUUUGACGUACUGGGCUGAUGAGGACGUUAACCACUUCAUGCUUUCACAGAUGCUGUCUAGGAGAACUCCUCCACGGGAAGCCUAA